UGUGCCUGCGGCUUCUAUGAUAGUUCCACGAAGCAGGUGUUCACCGAUUCAAUCAUCGUCUAUUUCAACGAAACACAAGAAAUUCCGGAGAACAUAUUUCAAGUACAGUCCUACGCACACAAGGCCGAGAAGGGAUGGAAUAGCUUGUACCGUGAAGGUGCUGUUGCUGGCAACAGUCUGAUAUCCACCUCCUCGGAAACACAACAGGCUCUAAAUCUCUUCGUAAAUCCGAGCACGAAAGAACACGUCGUUGACGGCGGUUCCAUCAAAUCGCAACGACAAGACAUCCUCCAUGGCAGUUUCCGUGCCUCUGUCCGAGGAUCAGGACCUUGGACUGGUGGUUCCGCACUGUCGAUGAUGCUCCACUUCAACAAGACAAGCUCCAUGGAGAUUGAUAUGCUGAACAACGACAACCCUGAGAACGCUCGAAUCACCACUCUCCUCAACGGUGAGUAUCCCUCAGAAGAGUAUGGCUUGAACUACACGGCCUUGGAGAAAGGCUCCGACAGCCUGUCUGCUGUCAAUCCAUGGGACUUUAUUACUAUUCGCAUGGACUGGACCAAGGAACAUGUCAACUUCACUCUUGCAGAAAAUCUAACUCGAUCAAUCGUGCACAAGAAGGAGUCGUUCCCUACAGAGCCUAUGCCGUUGAGCUUCAAGCACUGGUCUACCGGUGAUUCCGAAUGGAUGCAAGGACCUCCAAAGAACCGCUCGAUCGCCAGUGUUGCCUGGGUUAGAGCAUUCUUCAACUCCUCUGUCACGACCACCGCACAGCAACAACAGUUUGACACGCGAUGCAAUUUUGCUAUGGCAUGUGACGUUGACGAUAAUACUCUGAGAACAUCGACAAACUACACAUCCGCUUCGCUUAAAGCAUGGAAGGAGCCUCCUAGAAACGAAAAGUGGCAGUUGCCCUCGGGCAUUGUCGCCGGCUCUUCCUCAUUUUUCGGUGUCAUUGCGCUCCUCAAUGUACUCUUCCGCAGAAGACCAUGGGAUAAGCUUUCCUCGAAGAAGGGCAAGGCUGAAGAGCAUGCGCUAGAGCCACUGCCAUCAGCAAGCAGCAACGACAAACUCCACAUGGCUCGAUCAGCCUCCAGCUCGACUCUCGGUAGUGUCGGAGCCGCCAAGUCGAAGUGGGAUUACAAGUGUACCACUGCAGAAGCAUCAUCGUCAAAUGUAACCACACCCUGGGAAGCCAGGACACCAGCAAUGUCCAGAGUACCAAGCACAACAGACUUCAUUGACAUGGCAAUGCUUCGUAACAAGAUGGCUCAAGAUAAUGCCGUGCCAUUUGGUGUUCCACUCAGUCAUACCAAGUCACUAAGGGAAAGUCCUUCCACUGGCAGUGAUGGUUGGUCCAGCAAUGGCCACACGCUCGUCUGUCCUACUCCAGAGAUCAACUUCAGCAAGCCGAUCAAGAGUCCUGAGACUAUCCGAGAAUCUGUUGAGAUCAGAGUGCUUGAAAGAAAGUCUCUUGAGUCCAGCGAGAAGCUCAAGACAGCCAUCGUCACUGCACAUGAAGUGCCUAGUCAUUCGACGCUUGCCGCGAGUCCUACUCUGCCACCUCGUACCUCGGCUCCUCCUAAGCGUAUUGACUAUCUUGCUGGACUUGUUGCGAUAUCAUGUAUUGGUGUCACUCUCAUCCACUUUACGCUCACAUUCAUUCCCUAUGCCGGUGGUCUGGGCUAUGGUAGACACUACAAGUCAGAAUUGUACUCACGCUGGUCGGCCACACCCAUCCUGCUGAACCCUAUUUGGAUUGGUCCAUUCUUCACUACUUCGACCCGCUUCUUGGCCCAAAACUUCCUGCGUACCGGAAAUCUUGCUGAUGUAGCCAAGAAGAUGUUGCUCAGAGCACCUCGUAUGGUCAUACCUGCGAUAGUCGUGGCAGCUCUGGAAUACUUCUUCAUCGAACUUGGUCUAACUGCUAAGUUGGAAUGGCUCCCGUCUAUAACCUGGUCCACAUGGCCAUGGGUCACCAACUACCCCAACUUCGGAUGGUUCAUGAACGAGAUUCUGGAGCUUGGCUAUUUAAUUCCGAACAAAGCUCCUGGUAUUGUCAACCACUACUGCGUAGGUGUGUUGUGGACGAUUCCUGUACAACUCCAAUGCAGUUACACGACACUGCUCGGUGCAGUGAUGGUGCGUGAGAUCAAGACUCACUGGAAGCGUUUUGCUUUCUACUCUUGGUGCAUCGUCGUGAACUGGUACUCCAUGAACUGGGGUAGUUGUUUCUGGGUUGGCCUACUCAUCGCCGAUCUUAACGUCACCUACAACUAUGUAGCAUGGCUACAAGCACGACCUAAAUAUCUUUAUCCAACCUUUGCUCUGAUCUGGGUGUUGAUCAUCCAAGGACCUCUCUGGACUUUCCUUGAAGAUCGUGGCUUUUACACACUUAUGACACGAGAACGCAACAUUCACCCUAACAUCGCGACUGGCGCCGCUCAAGGCGAGGUCGAUUCGAUGUAUCCGGCCUACUUCGAGCCCCGCCUCAACACUAUCCUCUUCGCUGGUGCUGUACAGAUGAUGACAGAAUUGUCGACUUCAUUCCAAUGGUUCCUCUCGCUCAGAGUCUGGAUUAUGCUGUUCCCUCACACGUUUACCAUCUACCUCAUCCACGGCUUCGUGUUUUGGUCGUUUGGAGCUUGGCUUUGUGUGACUCUUGCCUCGAUGGAGAUCUUGCCUUACUGGGCUAUCUGUUUGAUCCUGUUUGUCUGCUGUUAUACAGUCAUUGGUCUUGCUGCCAUGUGUAUCACUCCGUUCUCAGAAGGUACAGCAUUGGCACUUUGCCGAAACUGUUGGAGGUGGGCUAGUGAAGAGCCUGUGCCUCAUCGCAAGACUCUGGAGCCUUUCCGUAGAGACCUCUUCUUGACUAGGAAUGGUGGAGGGGAUAAAGAUGAGGAGACAGUGGUGCAUGGA